UGUGCGCGAGCCGAAAAAUUUUUCUUACAACGCAGUUCAACAUUAACUCACACUCCUCACUCAUUAUAUGUGAUUUCAUCGCAAUGUCGAGCGCAUUGAUUCCUGCUACGACGCCACCAAUCCUGCUACGACACCACCAAUCCUGCAAGACAACAUUGCAUUCACCGCCAAAAUCUAUUCAAGUAUUAUUAAAUUUUACGGUGUAUUCUAGAAGUAUUGCUUAUGAUUUAGACAGUGCGAAAAACUUAGCACUGUUCCCAGCAGUGUUGGAACGAUCUAAAUUCAGUGCAUUGGAAGAAAUACCACCGUCCAGACAAGUCCUCCAAGGGAACGCCGCCUUCGCCAACAAAAUCUACCAAAUCUUAGCCCAAAAACCCGGAAAUGUUUUCUUCUCGCCAAUCAGUCUUCACGUAGUCCUCGCCAUGGCAUACCAAGGCGCCAGAAACGAAACCGCAGAACUACUAGCAAAAGUACUCCAAAUUCCAGAUGCACAGUCAACUGCAGAAGGUUACAAGAAGAUAAUCAAUCGCUUGCGCAAUAUUCAAAAGGUGAUUUUGUGCAUGGCUUUCAAAAUAUACGUCCACAAAGGAAGGCAAUUUGUAAGCGAGUUUGAAAAUAUCGUCAAAGAAUAUUUUAAUUCCGAAAUACAAGCUUUAGAUUUUGAUAAAAAAGCUCGAACCGUGAAAACGAUAAACAACUGGGUCGCCCAGAAAACCCGACAGAAAAUCAAAGAGAUCGUCAACGUAGGAAGCAUCCAAGUUACCACGUCGCUUUUUUUGGUCAACGCGCUUUACUUCAAAGCAGACUGGACGUCGAAAUUCAGCGAGAACAAAACCAGAGAUGAAGAUUUUUAUCUCGAGGAUGGGUCUAUAGUGAAGGUACAAAUGAUGAAAGACAUGAACGAAGACAUGCUUUAUAAGUUUGAUGAAGAUUUAGGCGCUCAAAUUCUUUGUUUGCCUUAUAGUAGUGGAAGAGUGCGGAUGGUCAUAGUUCUUCCGAAGGAGAGAGGCGGAAUUAGAAACUUGGAAACUAAGCUGGCUGCAACAAACCUUACACAGAUUACCUCAGAUAUGCAGGAGGUGAAAGUUGAUCUCAGUUUGCCAAAAUUCAAAUUUGAGACCACCAUUCAGUUCGAUGAGCUUGUUAGAAUGAUGGGUCUCGGACUGAUUUUUGAUCGAGAUGGGGCUGACUUUAAGGAAAUACUUCAACUGAGAUGCGACGAGAAUUUAUACGUUGGUAAAAUUUUGCAGAAGGCUUUCAUCGACGUCAACGAAAAGGGAUCAGAAGCAGCCGCUGCUACGGUCGUUGAUAUGGCAGUAGCAGUAUGUUUUCGUGAAAUGAAGAAAAUUAUAGUCACUUUUACUGUAGACCAUGCAGCUAUUUUCAUGCUGACUGAAGGCCAAAGUGAAGAUACAACCAUAUUAUUUUGUGGAAGACUUUCCCAUCCGAAAUAUCAAUGAGAAAAAAAUAAAACAGUUUUUCUUUAUC